UCGCGGAGCAUCGAGGGAGGGAGGGAGAGCGAGUGAGGGAGCUCGAUCGAUCACACACAGACACACAGCGGAGCACCGCACGGUGGCCUUACCUCAUUCAGUUCGUGUCGAUCCCUGCACUCUCUGCCAUGCCAUGCGUUCUCAUUCCCUCGUGAUCGCCUCCACGCUUCCCCUCACCCUCUCGCCAUUCCCAUUUUUGCACUGUCUCGCGCCCGCUCAGGAUCACUGCGCAUUGCAUCGUUUGGUUCCUGGAGGGCGAUGUAAGGCUAUGGAAAUGCUCAAGCUCCAUUGCAGAAGACCCAUAGCACCCAAUUGUUAGAAUCGGUUUUUUUGUCAGGUUUAGGGUUCUGGGAGGUCAAGAUGGAAGGGGGUUUGGGGAGUACGCGAAUGGGCAGUCGGUCGUCCACUCGCCAUGGUCCGGCAUCGGUAUUCCAAGGUCGAGUGCGGCGAUGGAAGAAGUCUUGGGCUCCCGUGGCGCCUUCGUCCACUCCUUCCGCUGCAGCUUGUCGUGUUCUUCUUUACAAAUGGUCGCCUAUCACGGUACCCGCUGCUAACGGGACGAAAGAGUCCACUCCGGAGGAGCCACCACCAGCGAAACCCUUGCGAUAUUUGCCUGUUUCAGUAAUCCUGCAACAGAAGAAGGAAGAAGCUCAGAAAGCUGAAGAAGAAGCUGAAACUCUGUCAAGAUUAGAACAAGAGGCAGUGGCUGCCACAAGUCCAGCACAGGAGAAGGAUGGAGCUGAGGCGGCUGGUACCCAACAGGAUACAAGCAUGGGUGAUUCUCAACCAGAACAAGCUGGUGAUCCAAUAACCAAAGUUGAUGAAGGUGCAAAUGCCACUGAGGCUGGAGAACAAGAGGUUCAAGAUGUCACGGAAGCAAAUCAAGCGGAACAGGAACAGGACGAGAGCACUGCACAAGAACCAGAGGCUACAUCUAUGGAUGUGACUCAAGGUUGAGACAUUUUCGUCAUAGUCUCCAAUUUGCGUAGGCUGCACAUAACGCUCACAUAAAAACGUGAAACAUUAUUGUAGCUUUAUAUUCCGCAGCCUACACAGGUCUGCCAGGUCUGUACAACGUUUAUAAGCUGCAAUUUCCAGAAUUCUUUGAAUUGGGAUCU